AAAUUUGGCGGGGCAGCAUAUUUUCGGAAAAACACGAAAAGUUUAACUUCGACCCGAGAAAGGAGCCUCAAAAAUGAAUCGAUUGCUGUUCACUCUGACUGUUCUUCUGCUGAUGGCCUCUGCUGCUGUCGCUUUGAAAUGUUACGUCUGCAAUGGUUCUGAAGACGCCUGUAAGAAAAGCAAAUUGGAGGACAACAAGGCCACCUAUUUAAAGACGUGUUUGCUUGGCGAUAAAUGCUUCAGAGCCUGGGAAAAACCCAAAGAUGACGAUGCUAAAGUUUUGAGCGGAUGCGGUUACCAAUCAAACUGUGACGCCCUAAAAACAGCUUGUGACAAAGCGAAAGAUACUCUGAAGGACUACCACUGCGCGAUUGGCUGCUGUUCUAGUGACGGAUGUAACGCAGGCACAUCUUUGACAUUCAACCUCAUCCUGUUGGCCGUUUGCUUUCUUCUGAGCCUAGAACUUCUGAAGUAACCUGGAAUCACUUUUACCAGGCUGCCAUUUCUUAUGGCUUAUCACCUAUGUCAAGACAUUUUUUUCUUUUUUGCGUCAAUUUUUUUGCUUUGUUUGUUUUGUUUUUUUCUUAUAGGUUAUGUUAAAUGGCGGUCGAAUACUCCAUUCGCGCAGUCUUGAAGAUUAAGUAGAGGUUUUGAGCUAUAAGAAUCUCUAGUGCACGUUUAACGCGCUGAUAGACAAUAGCAUUUUCAGUAGCUUUUAUACUUAUGAUAUAUUAGUUGCAUAUGGUGGCAUUUUAUACCUACAUUAAAACUUUGUGAGCUAAGUUCUAAUCAUAGCGGUUUUCUAGUUGUUAGCUUCGCUUUCUCAGCUGGUGGUAGUCAAUAAAGAUUCUCUCAAUGGGGUUAA